AUGUCUGCUGCUAAUGAAGAUGAUGUCUGUAAUCAUGUGAAAGUGGUGGUUCGUGUCCGUCCAGAGUCUCAAAAGGAAAAAGAUGGCAACUUUAGCAAAGUUGUCCAUGUUGUUGACCAGCAUAUAUUGGUCUUCGAUCCAAAGGAGGAAGAAGUUAGCUUCUUUCACCAGAAGAGACAGACCUAUAGGGAUAUUACCAAAAGACAAAAUAAAGAUCUUAAAUUUGUGUUUGAUGCAGUUUUUUCUGAAAAAUCAUCCCAGUUGGAAGUUUUUGAGAAUACUACCAAAAGUAUGAUUGAUGGCUUCUUAAAUGGAUAUAACUGCACAGUGCUUGCAUAUGGUGCAACGGGAGCUGGAAAGACACAUACAAUGUUAGGUACCCCUGAAGAUCCUGGAGUGAUGUAUUUAACCAUGAUGACACUUUAUAAUUGCAUGGAUCAAAUGAAAGAGGAUAAAAUAUGCAAUGUUGCUGUCUCUUAUUUAGAGGUCUACAAUGAACAAAUCCGUGAUCUGCUAGUAAACUCAAGACCACUGGCUGUUUGUGAAGAUACCCAGAAAGGGGUGGUAGUCCAAGGGCUAUCAUUACACCAGCCUAAAUCAGCAGAGGAAAUCCUCCAAAUGUUGGAUUAUGGAAAUAAAAAUAGAACACAACAUCCCACAGAUGUAAAUGCCUCCUCUUCUCGGUCUCAUGCUGUCUUUCAGAUUUAUCUAAGGCAGCAAGAUAAAACAGCUAGUAUUAAUAAAAAUGUUCGCAUCGCCAAAAUGUCUCUCAUUGACCUGGCAGGAUCUGAGCGUGCCAAUGUGACAAAUGCCAAGGGGGCUCGUUUUAGAGAAGGAACAAAUAUUAACCGCUCCCUGCUUGCUCUUGGAAAUGUCAUUAAUGCCUUGGCAAAUCCAAAGAGCAAGAAACAGCACAUUCCUUACCGAAACAGCAAGCUUACUCGUUUAUUGAAAGACUCUCUUGGAGGAAAUUGCCGAACAAUAAUGAUAGCUGCUGUUAGUCCAUCUUCUAUGUUCUAUGAUGAUACUUAUAAUACUCUUAAGUAUGCAAACCGAGCAAAGGAUAUCAAGUCUUCUUUAAAGAGCAAUGUUGUUAAUUUUGACAGUCACAUAAGCCAGUAUGUUAAAAUUUGCAACGAACAAAAGAAAGAGAUACUAAUGUUGAAAGAGAAACUGAGAGAAUAUGAAGAAAAGCAAGCAAGUGUUCCUGACAAUAGUAAUGCUGCGGUACUGUCAAACAACCAGCAAGUGGAAAUACAAAGAUACAAAGAAAUCCUUAAGAAUGUGUUCACAAACCGUGAGGAAAUCAGGAAGGAAUACCUCAAGUUGGAAAUGCAACUUAAAGAAAAUGCACUGAAGACACAUUACCAGGAACAAUGUCAUGAACAGAUUCAAAUGACUUGCUCUGAAGAAAGAGUAGAGAAGGCCACUUGCAAGCGGGAUCAAAGACUUACAAUGCUUAGAACCCGCAGCAUACACAUGCAGAAGAAGAAAGAAGAGGAGGUUGAACAUUUUGAGGAAAAUAACCAUUGGCUGCAUCGUGUUGAAAAUGAAAUGCGCCUCUUGGGUCAAGAUGGGUGUAUUCCAAAGGAACUCUCUCAAGAUCUGCAGUGUUGCCAUUUAAAGCUAGAGGUUAAGGACCUGAAAGCCCAGAUUGAGAACAUGUUAUCACUGGUGUCCCUUCAGGAUCAGUAUUAUAAGCAGACAGAAAAAGUACUGAAUACUUUGCUUCCAGUUCUUCGCAAGCAAUACCUGACUUUGAAAGAAGCUGGAUUGACAAAUAAUUUAACUGAGACUGAAUUUGAGGAGGUUGAGCAGCUGAUUCAAAGGCAAAAAUCAGUAGUGUGGGCUGACCAGACUGAAGAAAAGGAAAAUCAAAACCAUGAACUAGACAUAUCAGCUAUCUUUGCAUUCUCACAACUUGUGAACAGACCAAGCACCCCAUGCCGUACAGCUUUUGGUACUCCAUCACAAGAAAUGAAUAAAAAUACACAACAAAUAGCAGAACUUGCAGCACUGCCGCAGAAAAGAACUAGGCGGAAGCUGAUGGACUCUCCAAUCGCAGCUCAAAGUCCAGUCGCAUCCAAGCACUCCAGUCUCUGUCAUCUGGAGGAUUCCCUUACCAAGGAGGUCCACCCCAUUGUGUAUACACCAGAACUUUGCAGAAAGCCAGUACAAAGCUUCUGUGCGCAGACUGUGGUAAAGAAAGCUUCACACCUUGCAAGCCUUCAGGAAGCAAACGUAUGUAACGUAAAUAUGCCAGUGAAGAAGCAGACUAUUACUGACUCCACAUGUGACACUAUCUCAGAAUGCGAUGAAACUGAUCUGAACUCAACAGUAAUUCUCUAUGAAGGGACAGGUGAAACAACUGAAACAUCUACUGUCUCAUGGGUAAAGGAGUCACAGCCAUGCAGCAAUAGCUUUCUGCAAAGAUUUGAUCUCUCUUCCUUGAAAAAAAGAAAUCCUACUUCAGUACUUCAGAAGCCCUCAUAUAUGUCAAUGACUUCUGCUGCUGAGAGAAAAAGAAAGAUACUAAGUUGUACAUCAAACACUGGGUUAGACAGUCUGCAAGACCCUGUUUCGGCAAAACGUGUUCGACAAGAGGUCUUGUUAAGUCAUAGAGCUCUGCGAGUACCUAAAAUGACAGGAAUUAAAACAAGGACAUGGAAGGAAGAAAAGGAUGUGCCAAGAAACAUAGUUAGAAGCUAUUCUGAAGGAAAUGUAGCAUUGGAUGUUAAAUCAAGGACAUCAAAAAAUCUUUUGUUUCAUAUUUGUAAGCCAAAAAAAUAA